UAUAGUAGCGUAAACAUGUUCGGAAUAGCAUUGGCAACAGUUCUCCUCCUUUUUGUGUCCGUGCAAGCUGAAUUCCCUGAUGAUCCCAAACCAUGUAAAUACGGCGAUGGCGAGUGUAUCAUGGAACUAUGCAACACAUUGUUCAAUGAGCGGUCUUCGGAGGCAAAUCCUGGUCUGAACCUGCCGCGGUUAGAUCCUCUGAAGAUCGACAAGAUGGUAAUAAGCCAGGGUGAGAGUGCAAGCCCGGUUGGGAUUACUCUAACGUUUACCGACAAUUUGCUAUACGGCAUUAAGGAUCAAAGGAUCGUGAAAGUGAAGGGAUUUGGAAAGGACCUCACUGCGAAGCACGAAGUGAAAAUUGUCACGAAAAUCUUCUCAUUGGUCGGACCCUAUGACAUCAAGGGUAAGGUACUCAUACUUCCCAUUAGCGGAUCUGGGCAAAGUAACUUGACCCUUGUUAACACCAAAGCAAUCUUAAGCUUUUGGGGCAAGCCGUUGGAGAAAAACGGGGAGAUAUACUUGGAUGUCACGGAUUUAAAAAUUGCAAUGAAGCCGGAGUCUAUACAUUACCAUUUUUCGAAUCUGUUUAACGGAGACAAGGCUUUGGGAGACAAUAUGAACGUCUUUCUGAAUGAAAAUUCAGAGGCUAUUUACAAGGAGACAGCCUCGUCCAUUAAUCGAUCCUUUGGCGAGUUUUACCUGGGCAUCGUGAAAGGAGUAUUUUCCAAGUGGCCGUAUGCAAAGCUUUUUGCCCCGGAGUAUAUUCAAUUGUGUUUCCCGGCGUCAAUUAUGAAGCUUACUCUUGCCCUCGUCCUGCUGCUCGGAUGUGCCUCCGUAUCAGUUCAUGGACACGCCUCAGAAUUACCCUCGGGAAUCGAAAGGUGCGGUAUCACGGAUGAGCAGUGCCUGAUGAACGGGGUUAACUUUGUUCUGAGGAACUAUGCAAAGAGUGGCAUCAAGGAACUUGGUCUGAUCCCUCUGGAUCCGCUGCACAUUAAAAAGUUUAAAAUUGGCCGUAAUCCACACAGUCCGGUCAACAUUGAUCUUAGCUUCCACGAUGUGGACCUCCUGGGUCUUCAGGAGGGGGUUGCAAAGCGAGUAAGCGGGUUCACAAGUGAUCUUAGCCGAUCGAUUGAGCUAGUCAUGGAAGUCCCCGAACUUACAGUCAAAGGACCCUAUUCUGUCGAAGGCAGAAUACUCAUUCUACCCAUUACCGGAAAGGGCAAUGCUGAGAUCCGGCUGAAAAAAACUAAGGUACGAGCUUUGAUUAAAUUCAAGCGUGUGUCAAAGGGCGAACACCAGACCUUCGCCGAGGUGGUGAAUAUUAAUGUUGAGGUGGAUCCCGCCCAUGUCACCUAUCACCUGGAGAAUCUCUUCAAUGGUCAGAAGGAUCUGAGUGAGAACAUGCACGCCCUUAUCAACGAGAACUGGAAGGACAUCUUCAACGAGCUGAAACCGGGCAUCGGAGAAGCCUUCGGACUGAUAGCCAAGUCAGUACUAGACAGGAUCUUCGGCAAACUACCGCUGGAACAGCUUUUCACAGUCUAACUCCCUUAGUACAAAGCUUUAAAAGUGAAAAUAGUUGAAACGUAUAUGUGAAUUUUUAUUUGACUUUAAAAAUACAAAUGCAAAGCAAAUAAAUCACUGGUAAGUUCCUCUUAAAAAUUAAUAAUAGUUUCAAAAUAAAUUCAGGCACUGAAGGGUUUUAAACUUAACAAUAGAAAAAUAGCCUCAUUUUGACUUAGACAAAUAAAAGUAAAAAUAUUAUUA